GGCCUAAAGAACAUGUUCUGUUUUGCUGCUGUCUUAUGCAGGCUGCAUGCUGAAUGGAAAACUGUAUCCCUUGGGAGUUACUGAGAGGACAGAAGAUUGCUCCAGGUGCAGUUGUGGCCGAGCUUCAAUGGAAUGUUGUUCCCUCUUUCAUACUCUUGUUUCUUAUGACAAAGAAAAAUGUGAAAUCAUUGCUAACAAAAAGUGCUGUGACUAUGAGGUGGUGGAAAAGAAUGACCCCUCAAAGAAGUUUUUGUCUAUUCUCAUGUGGGCUAACACCUGCUCCAAUCCUCCCGGCACUGUGGAAUUCCUCUCCUUCCUACAUAUGCCAUCAGAGAGAAGCACAAUGACAUGGGAAAAUCUUGUAAAAGAGAGCACUUCAAAGACCAUCCUGGCCUGCCUUCUUGCUCUUGCCAUUAGCGUGCCACUGUCUGAUGCUUCCUGCCUCUCYAUCCCGUUCAAGCCAGGCAUGUCUAAUGGUGUGGUUGUAGGCUGCCUUGAUAAGGAAGGAAAAGUCCAUAAAUUUGGUUCUGACUGGAGGACUGACAACUGCAAUGUUUGCUCCUGUUCCAAGUCUGGAAUUAGAUGCUGCACUAGCUAUAUUACACCAGUUGACUACGAUGAAGAGAAGUGUGAAAGCAUUUUCAACCAGAAGACUUGCUCGUAUAAAGUAGUGGAGAAAAAUGAUCACUCAAAAGAAUGCCCAGUCCAUUCAUGGGUGGUGUAACAGAAGAAUGGUGGAUUGGGGAGAUAUUUCCUUUUAUUGUUUUAAUGGUUCUCUCACACAAAUUCAAAAACACUUAAAAUGUAACUGUUGAGUGAAAUCUACUCAUAAAACCCGAUGUAUAAUGAAACUGAGUAUCUAUCCACAAAAAAUUCCCUUGGCUUCUCUUCUUUAUGAUUCACCAUGAAGAAAGAACUGAAAGAACUGUUCCUUCCUCGAGGUUAUUUAAGGUGAUAUUUUAAAGCACCUUUGGUAGCUGCUAACCUGUAUUCUUCUCUGGUCAUGUUUCGGUCCAGGGAGYGUAUUCUAUAAUCUGUGCACAGCUGUAUCUUAAAACUAAAAUAAAAWCAAAUGA